UAGACUCAUCCUCAGCCUCCUCCUUUAUCUCCUCGAGCCUUUUAAAGUAACCAAAGCCAUGAAUAUCUUCCAAGACUGGCCUGAGCCUAUAGUCCGUGUCCAAUCCUUAUCUGAAAGCAACCUCGGAGCCAUACCAAAUCGCUACGUCAAGCCUCUAUCUCAGCGUCCAAACAUAACCACUCACAACAAACACAACCCUCACACCACCACCAUCCCCAUCAUUGACUUAGGUCGCCUAUACACAGACGACCUAACUCUACAAGCCAAAACGCUUGAUGAGAUCUCAAAGGCUUGUAGAGAAUGGGGAUUUUUCCAAGUUGUGAACCAUGGGAUGAGUCCUCAACUCAUGGACCAAGCUAAAGCAACAUGGAGAGAAUUCUUUCAUCUUCCCAUGGAGCUCAAAAAUAUGCAUGCUAAUUCGCCGAAAACUUACGAGGGAUAUGGAAGCCGACUAGGCGUAGAGAAGGGUGCUAUUCUUGAUUGGAGCGACUACUAUUAUCUUCAUUACCAACCUUCGUCUUUGAAGGAUUACACCAAGUGGCCUUCCUUGCCUCUUCAUUGCCGAGAAAUAUUGGAGGAUUAUUGCAAGGAAAUGGUGAAACUAUGCGAGAAGUUAAUGAAGAUACUAUCGAAAAACUUGGGAUUACAAGAAGACAGACUUCAAAAUGCGUUUGGUGGUAAAGAGGAAUCAGGAGGUUGUUUAAGGGUUAAUUAUUAUCCAAAAUGCCCUCAGCCGGAGCUGACUCUUGGCAUCUCUCCGCACUCCGAUCCCGGUGGAUUAACCAUUCUCUUGCCGGACGAACAAGUCGCCGGUCUUCAGGUACGUGGAUCCGACGACGCUUGGAUCACAGUCGAACCAGCUCCUCAUGCUUUCAUCGUUAACAUUGGUGACCAAAUUCAGAUGCUGAGCAAUUCAAUAUACAAAAGCGUAGAACACAGAGUGAUCGUGAGCCCUGCAAAUGAGAGGCUAUCUUUGGCAUUCUUCUACAAUCCAAAGGGCAAUGUUCCAAUCGAGCCAUUGAAGGAGAUAGUGACCGUAGAUUCACCUGCUCUCUACUCCUCCACCACAUACGAUCGUUACCGUCAAUUCAUUCGUACGCAAGGCCCACGUAGCAAAUGUCAUAUCGACGAACUUAAAUCCCCUCGAUAGUGCGUACAUUUUAUUUGAUAAGUGCAUUAUGUUUUCUUGUUUUAUAAAUAAUGAACAAUGCUUCUUUUUAUCUGUUAAGUACUGUACUAUUUAUUGUCUUGUUAUGUGAGGAUGUUUACAUUAUGUUUUCUUUAAGGUAUAUGGGUUUUAUUUGUUUUUUUCUUAAUGUUUACAUGUUCAACUAUUGUGUGUGUUUGAUUAAUAAUAUUUGUUUUCAAAA